GAGAAGAACGAAUUGUUUUCUCGCCUUUCUUCACAAGAUAUUGGGAAAAUGUCCCCGGAUUGACAGAAAGCAUAUUUUUCAGCCAUCACUACCGUUUGGUAAUGGAUUAAUUCACAUCGCAUUGUGCGGGUUUGUCGUGAUCAAUUCAAAAUCAGAGGUGGGAUAUCAAUUUCUGUUAUUUGCGGACAUCGACUCUGGUAACGAUGCUGUACUAGAGUGGCUAAAUGAUGCAGGGCAGCUCUGCAGUCGCUUGUAAGACGCCUUUCAGAACAGGGAGUUAGUUUUCGAUGACAAAAAUCGAAAAUUUGUGUUUGGGAUGUCGAUUUCUUACAGAUAUGUAUUGAUAAGGACUUUUCCUUUUCCUAUUUGGACCCUCAUCAAGGACUUUGAGAAUUGACAUUCGUGAGAACCUCACAUGUUUAAUUACCUAUUGUGGGCUCGGAGAAAUCCCUCCCUCCAGUUUACUGGGCUGUAUUGAUCACGAGCUCUCACACUACGCCAGUUUCGACCCUUUAAUUCUCGACAUCCAACCCUCGUUUCUUGGGCCACGGUUUGCCAUGCUUUGAGGGGAUGUGAAUAGCAGGACCUAUAUUCACUGUCAGAUCUAGCGGGUGAAUGCACAGACUUCAGUUGACAAACAUAGUCCCACGCGGGCCUGACAUCAACAAGCGUCUCCCUCCGCGAUACAAUAUAGUGCGCUUGGGCUGACAGAUAACUUCAGGUGUAUGGACUGCUGGCGUUGGAUGUCGCCUCACACGUAACAGGAUACAUUGCUUACGUGACUCUGUUUUGGAGUAAUGUAGGUCACUCGUGGACGCUAUUCACGGUAAAACAAAAUGGCGACAAGGGGAGGCCGUCUACCUAGCUGCCUGUGGUGACGAGAGGACAUCUUGCUAUCUCAAUGACCCGUGGUCAAGCAUGGAAAAGGAAGGAAGAAUUUGAAGUUAAAACAACGAACGAAUAAUGACGAAAAAAACUGGCGCGGAUGUGGAUCCUAAGAGUCGAGCGUCACUUUUGCCUUCGGGAAAAAAGCCAUUGCGCAGACGACGAUCUUCGCGGGAAAAUUCGGAUGAUUACAAGGCAAAACGUGUACGGAGACAGAAUGACUCCAACUGUACAAUGUGCCUCCGUGGAACUCUCCAUUGUUACAAUGUCUGUAUAUUGGUUAUUGGCUGUGCGUCGCUUGGCGUGGGGGUAUGGCUUCUUGUCACCGACUUCGGCGCGAGGAAAGUCACCCCUAUUGUGGAUAACCAGCUGUAUGAAGUGACGACAUACCUCCUCAUCGCCGGGGGUGGGGCUGUAGCCCUCCUAGCCUUCUGUGGGUGCUGCGGCACAAUACGAGAAGAUAAAUGCGUUUUAUCAUUUUAUGGCACAACGUUAGCUAUAGUAUUAAUAAUACUGGGCGUGGCGUCAGGCUUGUCGUUUUUCUUCCGGGGCGCGCUUGCUUCUCACAUAAAGUCCCGUAUGCGCGACACGUUAACGGAAAAGUACGGCAUAGGUACACGAACGUUACCUGAACACAAGCGCAUUACGGAGGCGUGGGACUCCAUGCAGCGACAGCUCGGCUGCUGUGGCAUCUCUGGCAACAGCACUUCAACCGAUUCCUGGGCAUUCUAUUCCACUAACACUUUGUGGUAUAAUGAAAUGCAGAAUGACCAAGGUAAAAAGCUCCAGAAGGUGCCAGACAGCUGCUGCCGGGAGGGGGACAAGGCCAUCUGCACGGGACAAACCUACUUCCCCGGACCCCCCAACCAUCUCAACCCUCAGAAGGAGAGGUUCAAAAAGAUAAACCCCCACCUCUACACCACAGGCUGUUAUGACCAGCUGAUGGAAUAUUUGUUGACCUAUUCCGCCGUUGCUGGCAUAGUCUCUGCAAUCGUGCCGAUCUUUUUGAUCUUUGGUAUCAUAAUGUCAUUCUGUCUGUGCGUUAGAGUAAGUGGUACGUCACCGGACGACGAGGUAGAGUUAUAGGCCUUUGAAGGUACUUUCCGUCCAAUCAGGCAGUGCCUACUUUAUGCAAAUGAGGACACGUGACACUCAAACAUUAACCAUGAUCAAAGAUGGCUGACAUGAUGGAGAUAAUUCGGUUGAGGAAACAGUUGUCCGGAACUUGUGGAUUAAGGCGUUUUAAAGAUGCAACAUCUGUGAUGACACAAGUCCGGAGCGGUUAUAAGACGUAAACUACUUUAAAAGAGGCGGAUCCAUGGAACGGAAGGAGUUUUUAUAUCAGAUUCAUCGAAGCGUUGCCGGGAGUCCAGAUUCGGAUGGUUCCACCGACAGACUUGAACAAGGGAUGAAGCCUGUUCCCAUAUUGUGUUUUCAGUAUAUUGUGCGCUGCCGAACUUACACAUGUUACAAAUUUAUGAAUAUGCGACAAUGAGACUGAUGAUUGUUAUUAUUAUUAUGUGUUUUCCAAUCAAUUCACCGUAUCCUGCAACAUGACGAUUCAGGGAAUUGCUGUAAGCAACUUUUCCCUUACAUUCAAGUCCACUCUUUCUCACAUUCCCAGUCAGUUGCCUUCAUGGAAAAAUGGCCCAUCUACUCGGCAGCCUGUACCAGACAUUCCCCCACGUCUCGAGGGGCUUCCACAUCCGGGCCUUGCACGCAUGCGCAGAGUGCAUAUGAUAAGAAAAAGUGACAGGCCGGCAAGAAAUAGUACAGCGUGUUUUGUUUGUUUUUCCAUUGCUUAGCCUCGGGUGAAAGGAUUUUCUUUUCGUAACAUAACAUGUUGAUUUUGUAUUCAAGGUUUAGCGUUUCUAAAUCGGGCUUUCUUAAUGAAACUGUUUUCCGGAAUAAUGUCAUUGUUCCUGUUUGUGAUAUGCUAGUCUGGUUGCUAUGUUCCUGACAUCGUAGAACCGUCGGCAGAACAGUUAAAACUAACAAACUAACACACAGAAUGGUGGCAUUUACGUCGCAAACAAACUUAAAUAUAAUACUGUCAUAUCCUUAAUGUGUAAGCAUUCCCAGAACUGUAUUCAUUUAUUAUCCCAAAAA